CAUCGUCAGCGCGAGAGCGAGGUUUUGGAUUGCAGAAGAAAGAAAACGACGACGGACUGUGAGCUGUACUGCGAACCGUCUGAACACUAGAGUGAGCACACGGCGAAGAAAGAAAAAACGCGAGUGUGGAGAGUGCGUGUGUGCUUUGCGAACGAAAAUUUUCGGUUUCCCGUCGUGGAAAAGUGCAAUUUUCUGUCGAUCCCGCUCGCGAAAAGUGGUUUCUUGGCCGAACACGGUGGCCACGUCGUCCGUUCCGGGUGUGCAAUCGGGCCGGAAAGGGCGAGAACUACGGUUUUCGGUUCCGAACCUUCCUCCUCCCUCUCUGUCUCACUCACACCACCGUAGUCCAGAAGCAGCAGUCAGUCAGCAGCAAACCGAGCGAGCGAGCUAGCAAGUGUUGACCAGGAAGGUGGAGAAGGGCAGAAGUGCUCUGCCGUUUGAAGGUUUUUUUUUUCGUUUCGUUUUUUCUUCCUCUUGAGAUCUUCGCUGCUCCGUCCCCGAUUGCCUGACGGAGUUGGUGUUGGAGAAAAAAAAAGUUGCUGAAACACGGCAAGGAGAAGAAAAUCUUCAAUAUUUUGUGCCUGAAUGCAGUGAAAAAGAAAAAAAAGAGGAAGAAGUGAAAAGUUUUUGGGGGUUCUUUUUGUGGUUUGUUUCGGUGGAGAUCCUCCGGAUUGAAGAUUGGCAAGGAUUGAUUCGAUUUCCAGGAGAAGUAAAUAAACGUCGAAGUGGUAGUAAAAAAAAAGUGAUACAAAAUGAACGAGUUCAUUGUGGCUGGAAAGUACCGGAUCAUACGGAAGAUCGGGUCCGGCUCGUUCGGCGACAUUUACCUCGGUAUCAACAUAACUAAUGGCGAAGAAGUGGCCCUCAAAAUGGAGAGCCUGACGGCGCGGCAUCCACAGUUAAUGUACGAAUACAAACUGUACAAAGUGCUGAUGGGGGGUGUCGGUAUUCCACACAUCCGUUACUAUGGCCAGGAACGGAACUACAAUGUGCUAGUGAUGGAUUUGCUAGGACCCUCGCUGGAAGAUUUGUUCAAUUUCUGCAGCCGUCAUUUCACGAUCAAAACGGUACUCAUGUUGGUCGAUCAAAUGAUUGGUCGCCUAGAAUACCUGCACAUGAAAAACUUCAUCCACCGGGACAUCAAACCGGACAACUUCCUGAUGGGUAUUGGACGACACUGUAAUAAACUGUUCAUGAUUGAUUUCGGGCUUGCGAAAAAGUAUCGGGAUUUCCGGUCGCGCAUCCACAUUUUGUAUCGGGAAGACAAAAACCUAACCGGAACGGCCCGCUACGCUUCGAUAAAUGCCCACCUCGGAAUCGAACAGAGUCGCCGGGACGACAUGGAAUCGCUCGGUUACGUGAUGAUGUACUUCAACCGGGGCUCACUACCGUGGCAGGGACUGAAAGCGACCAACAAGAAGCAGAAGUACGAAAAGAUCUCCGAGAAGAAGAUGUCCACCCCGAUCGAGCUGCUCUGCAAGGGUUUCCCGGCGGAGUUUGCGAUGUAUCUCAACUACUGUCGCAGUUUGCGGUUCGACGAAGGACCGGACUAUAUGUAUCUGAGACAACUGUUUAGAAUCCUGUUCCGUACGCUCAAUCAUCAGUACGACUACACCUUUGACUGGACGAUGCUGAAACAGCGAGGGAUCCUGAAGAGUGGCACCAACGCGUUGCCUCAUGCAACAGGCGAAGGUAAUCGCGAGGAACGGCGUGAUAAGGAUAAGCAACCUACUGAAACUGAAAAAUAGAAAUUUUAAAAUUCUUUUUUUAUGUGUAAAAUAUAUAAUAUUACUAAACUUCAGUAAACUGGAAACAAAGGGAAGAGACCGAAACGAAGCAAAAAACAUGAAAAAAGGUAGCAGCGGACAAAGAGAAAGGAACAAGAGUAGAACUACAGGCUAACGAAAGCUAGUGAUGAACGCAUCGUAUUCGAGGUAAGAUUCUGUAAAACCCUGCAACAGCGAGACACACUUGGAUGCAAACCUAGUGAAGUGGGAAUUUGAGUUGAAGGAAAUAAUAAAAAAGGAAGAAAACAAAACAUUAGCAAACUCUAACUUUAAUUAAACAAAAGUAUGUAUAAUUAAAAAUAAUAUUAGUAAUUUAAAUAUUGAUUAAAAGAAUGCGCCAAGAUUUGUGAACUGCGAAUGUGGGACCGGGCGAAAACUAAACAAAAGAACUGCACUUCCCUGUCGGGCGUUCUUGCAUUCGCAGUCGGCGCUGCAGGCUGCUCACAAACAGCGACACAAAACGCGUACAUGCCCACGCCACGGACAUAAACGACGGUAACUUUUCUGUCACGGUAUUCCCUUCCGCCCCCCACCCUCCCUGUCUGAAUAUUUGUAGCCAGCAAAUGAUCGUACGGAAGCACUCACACAAACAGACACACCAACACAGCAAUCAUACUAUACAAAACAGGAACAGGAACGUUUCUCUCGUGUUGGAAACUACACUGCUACAGAUAAUCGUUUGAAACGGCAAUGCUAUUAUUACUAUUACUAUUACAACAAACAAAUGGAUAGCCCAACUCAUCGGGAUCCAAUUUUGCGUAUUGAUUAGUUUUCCAAUUAGUUUUAGUUCAAACAUUUUAAUAUUUCUUCUGCCUUCGAAGUAAACUUGGCGAAACAGAGAAAAAACGGAUGAACUAACUGAAACAAUAAUAAAUGGUAAAUGAACACAGCCACUACAGCAAAAUAAAGAAAAGUAAAAUAAUGUUUGUUUGUGUAGAAAUAAACCAACCCCUCAAGUAUGUACUCUGAAUAAACUGUGCACUCUUGGAUGAAACCUGAGAACGCGCCCGACCUAUUUCCGUUUGGUGUCAGCGCCUACUAUUUAGUUAUCAUCCCACUUCUCUCAAAAGUGUUGGUUGUUUUCAUUUCAUUACAGUAACAUGAAUGAAAACCUACCAAAAAUAAAAUUUAUCAAUCACCCCCCCUGACAUUACAUUCGUGUUUCGUUAGUUAUUGUUUUCACAAAUGCUAGUAUUUAGUUUUCUAACUGCGUGAAUGUGCCGCAGGAGCAGCUUUUCGUAUAUGAUUCAAGCCACUCUUUCUGAUUGAGUAAGAAGCAAAACAUAAUACAGUCGAGAUAUGUUAGAGUAACAAAAAAUCACGAGAAAAAUUAUAAAUAUUAUCGAAUAUAUUAUCAGCAAAACAAAUUAAGUGUAAAUAUAUUAAAGAUGAAAUGAACAAACAAGCAAAAAAAAUAAACGACAAAAUGGAACAAACAAUGUUGGAUUCAGGAACUUCGCAAUUCUCUUGAGCAAAGCUACGUAUGGAUGCUAGGAAACCACCCGAUUGGACCUUUGACGAAAAAAAAUGCAGCAAAAAUUGACAGCAACACUUUUCUAAAUCAUCAUAACUAAGAACACACAAUCAAUAACUAUGACUGUAACAUUGUUUGUUGGAUUGGGAUUAUAGGAAAAACAAAAAUACGGACGGAAACACAUCCCUGGUGCUCCAAUCGACUUUUGGCAAACAGGGCUUCGAAGAUUGUUGUCCAGGAUAAUUGGAACAGUUCCCCAAAAACACGAUAGAAUUACAAAAAAAACAAGAAACAGUUGACUAGAGGGAGAUGCAAAAAAAACAGUAACAUGAUGGGUAAAAAAAGCGGUCGCAGUCGGACGAGAAGAUGCGAGAGAAACAUACAUCCGAAGUAGAAAAAGGAUUAAUUACACUAGGGAAUAAUGAUUAUUAUUUUUUCUUGAAUGAAGAAUAAAAUGGUAGGUCGAUGAAGAAGCAAACAGUUAUGAAAUAAAGAAAACUAAACAAAACAAAA